AUGAAUAAGAAGUGUGCAAGGUGUGAGAAGACGGUUUAUCCGACAGAAGAAAUAAAAUGUUUAGAUCGGGUGUGGCAUAAAUUUUGUUUUAAGUGUGAUGUUUGUGGAAUGACGUUAAAUAUGAAAAAUUAUAAAGGUUAUAAUAAACGUCCCUAUUGUACUACUCAUUAUCCUACAACAAAACAUACCGCAGUGGCUGAAACACCUGAAAUGAGAAGAAUAGCAGAGAAUACCAAAAUACAGAGUAAUGUUAUGUAUCAUGCCGAUUUCGAGAAGUCAAAAGGAAAGAAGACGUCUGUUAUGGAUGAUCCUGAAAUCCAGAGGAUAAAAAAGAACACGGCCAUCCAGAGUAACGUCCAAUAUCAGAACGUGGCUCAGAGAAAACAUGACAUGGAGGCUCGUCGUCCUGAACAAGUCGGGGUAUCAGGAACACUGAUAGAAUCAAUUUACACCAUUCCAAUUUUUAAUCAGACGUGUGUGGCUCCUGCAAUUUCACUACAAGUAAGUUCACGUGGCCGAACUAACCCUGGAAAAAUUAGCGAGUAUGAGCCCCAAGCCUCUGGGCUAGAGUAUCAGACAUCUCACCAUAGACCCGAUAGUCAGGAGAUUCGGGGCAUGGCCCAACCGGCUGUUAUUCAGAAUGGUCAGAGACGUCAGCCAGGAUCAAUCACUGAUUAUGACCCCAUGGCCGGAUAUGGGGGUCAAGGUUAUUCUCCUGCUCCUGCACCACAACCUAUGUAUCAAGGUAAAUCCCAUUAUAGAGCGAUUUACGAUUACACUGCAGCCGAUGAUGAUGAGGUUUCCUUCCGCGAAGGUGACGUGGUCAUCAACUGUGAGAUUAUCGAUGCUGGCUGGAUGACAGGGACUAUACAGAGGACUGGCACUGCUGGAAUGUUGCCAUCAAACUACGUAGAACCUAUUUAA